AUGGCUUCCGAAGUAGCAACACAAAUUCGUUCUCACUCCCCUCCCAGCCCCUCAUCCGUGCGACCAAAGGGAAUUCUCAAGAACUCCUACCACCGUUCUCCUCCCCGCCAAACCCCGAUCUCAACCUCACCUCCCCCAGUCGCCGCACCCAUCCGCCCUGAUCUAGGCCGCGAGCUCUCCGAAAAAGACAUCACACUGCAAAACACCCUUUCAAAUGCCGGACAUCGCCGUUCCUCUUCCGGCGCACGGCCCACCGGAUCGCGCCGCCAGUCAAGUCACUCGACCGAUCCAAACGACGAAAACAACAUGCGUUUGAAAUGGGACGAGGCGAAUCUGUAUCUGACUGAGCAGGAGAAGAACUCUACGAUGAAGAUUGAUGAGCCCAAGACGCCGUAUGCGAAGCAUUAUGAUCCCACGGAAGAUGAGGAUGAGUUGCGGACAUUGGACGCUCAGGAUAUCAUUGUUGAUGAACUAGACCUCAAGAGCCCUUCGAAGGUAUCGCGCAGUACGAAAGAGGAUGAGAUUCCAGGCUUGAGUCUGGGCGAGCCCGAAGAGGCGGUUCCAGAGGGUGAGGAGCAUAGAGAGAAGGCUGUGCAUGUCGCAGGCGAAGAACAUGUUGGGUUGAGUCAGGAGGAGCAGGAGAAGCAUCGCAAGUUUGAAGAACUGCGAAAGAAGCAUUAUGAGAUGAAGAAUGUAGCAAGUCUACUAGGACACCCAGAUGCGGUAGAUGGGGAAGUAGAUGGGGAAGAGGAUGAGGAUGAGGAGAUGAACGGUACGAAAUAG